UGUGUAGAUAUGGUUGUGUCAAGUGUCAUCAUAAUUGGUUUGGUAUUUCUUUGCGGGAAAUCAGUUGAAGGUCAGUGUACAGACGGAUUUAUCAAACAUGGUGACUCGUGCUAUCACUUUAGCCGUGAUACAGAAACAUGGUUAGAUGCGUUGGUUUCCUGCGAAAAGAUUUACGGUGGUCAUCUAGCUGAAAUAGAGGACGCCAAAGAAAAUAACUUCCUUAUCAAUGAAGUAGAGACGCUUGGGGCUCGUUACUGGAUAGGUGGAAAUGAUCUCCGAGUCGAAGGUGAAUGGAAAUGGUACACAUCAAAUACCGAUAUCACAUACAGCACGUGGCUUCCAGGAAAUCCGAGCGGCGGGGUCGAGGACUGUUUGGAAAUCGUUGACAGCGACGGCAAGGGACCACUUAAACCUGCUUGGAAUGACUUACAAUGUCAUUCUUUUCAAAAGUAUAUUUGUGAAACACCUAUAAAUGAAGGCCAGAUCAUCGGAUAGCGGACCUAUUGAUGAUUUAAAUGAAUUGAAUAUGAAAAGACGCUUAUUAAAACUUAAAUAUUCUU